AUGCUGGCAGCCGCAUUGGAAUGGGUGCGAGGUGCUGCUUCUAGCGGCACGCACAAAUAUAUAAGAAGUCGCACUGCUUUCCGAACUCUGUGUUUAUCCUCAUCUGCAGAUAAACUAGUAUCAACUGUUCUUUAUUCUCUUCACCUCUUUCUGGAAAGUCUUCGCAGGAAAGAUGAUAAAGAUUAUGCUUUAAAGCAAAUAGAAGGUACUGGAAUUUCUAUGUCUGCAUGCAGAGAAAUAGCAUUGCUGCGGGAGCUCAAGCAUCCAAAUGUCAUUUCUCUGCAAAAGGUGUUUCUUUCUCAUGCUGACAGGAAAGUGUGGCUUCUCUUUGACUACGCUGAGCAUGAUCUCUGGCAUAUAAUCAAGUUUCACAGGGCUUCUAAAGCAAACAAGAAACCAGUUCAGUUACCUCGGGGAAUGGUGAAGUCACUGUUAUAUCAGAUCCUAGAUGGUAUUCACUACCUGCAUGCUAACUGGGUGUUACACAGGGAUUUG